UCCUUAGAGAAGUGCUCCAAUUUUUUUUUCACCAGAAAAGUGUGCUAAAAACUUUCAUUAAGGUGGUACAAUCAUUCUGUCUUUAUUUUAAGUGCAAAUGCAUGCUGUAUUUUCAUACUAAUUCAAAAAAGUUCAAUUUGCACUUGAUAUAAUCUUUGUUGAACCAUCGUCAGUGCGUGGGUACAGUGUAUUGAAUUAUAGAAACUCUUCUUAUCAAUACCGCUAAACUGUUUUAUUUUUCGAACAAUGCAAUCCAUCUUUAGGAGUUACCGAGUCAGAUAGUUAUACAACAAUUGCUUUCUAUUUGAGUAAAUAUACAGAAAUCGGUCUAUUAAAUAUUGGUCUUUCACGCUAUUGUUCCCACUCUGUUUGUCUGCGGGAGAACUACAAUUAUAAUAGUACAGCAGAUUUUCUGUUUUCCUUAGUCUGUAAAUUGAAAGACCCAAGAGGAAAGAGGGCUGUACCAUCUAAUUUCUUCAGCGAUUCCUUCAGUGAAACAUUUAUGUUAUGACCAUAUAUUAUUUUUAAAAAAAUCUUUUCUUUAAUUGUUUAUCUGAACGAGUUUCCAAUAAACUUUAUAAAAGAUCAGAGAAAGACAUAGUAAUUGGAGGUAUUUAUCCAACAUUUUAUUAGAUCCAAAAAUUAUAUAGACUUUUUAUUUCUAAAGCUUUUAAGCUAGGUUGCAGGGUGAUGAACAUGAAAUUUAUUGUAUGGAUGGUUCAAUUUCCAUCAGAAAAAUGCUCACUUUACAGUGCCUUAUAAGUUUUUGAAUAACCUACAAUCAUUAAUCAUUAAAAUGCAUGUACUUUAAAUUAAUGUUUUUAAUGGAUAUUGACUAGCUGGCAAUGAAAAUUGCACAAAAUGUAGCAUUUGUUAAUGUUUGAGUGUCGUUUCAAUCUAGUGGAAGCUUGGUCAAUUAAUGGAUGAAAGUACUCUAGUGUCAUAUUAAACACUGAGAAGUAUUAUAAACUCAAUUUCGGUACAUAAAGUGCCAUUUGAUUGGCUGAACAAAUCAUUAUAUACAUUCAUAGACAUUGACAUCAUCCUUACGUCAUGAUGCCUUUUAAUAUCAUCCACAUGAAAUUUUUGUUUAUUUUAUAAUAAGGAGCAUGAUUCCUACUAUAAUUUUUGUACUUGAUAGAAAAACUGAAUUACAUUAGGGACAGUCAUGUUAGAUAGUUACCAAAUUAAUACAGAUAUAAUACUUGUUGAAACAUUUUUCACUUUUUAAAAAAGUCUUUCACUGUUUAUAAGCAUAGACUUUCCUAGCUAUAACCUAGUUUUAUUUUUACAGAAAACGUCAUUCUCUAAGUAUGUACUCUUGCGACAGGUGUGACACAAUCAAAUAUUGAAUAGGGUCUACCAAUCCAACCACUUUUCAUGUUUUUUUAAUCAGGCUUUAAGUGACAUUUUAACCUAGGUCCUAAGUAUUAACAUGGAUUAUGUUUUAAUAAUAAUAAUGAAUUAUGCAUGAAUAUUUAGAAAAAAAAACUAAUAUUCCAGAAAAAUAGAAAUGGCUUUCAGCUUUUGUGUUCAUGACAUUAACCAAAAACUGCAUGCAACAUAAAUCUGCUUAUUAAAUGAUAAGAAAGCUUUGAUUGGAAUUAAGUUUUGUAUUUUGUGUUUAAAAGUUCACAUUUUUCAAUUUGGAAAUUCCUCUUGAUUUGUGCGUACAAGAUGAAAACCCCAAUUUUUAUGUACCAUAUACUUGUAGAGAAUAUCAGACGGAAUUCUCGUGGGAUUUGGUUAUUGUCUAAGCCUCACCAUUGAUUAAGUGUGUGACAUAACAUGAUAUCUGUUGACAUCAUCUGCCAGAAACGUGAUAUGAUUUAAAUCUAAAACUUUACAGAUUUAACGCAGGGAAAAAAUAUCAAUUGAAAUCUCGGGGGCUGAAAGAUGACUGUUAAAUACAGGAGACUUAGGGAAAAAUAAGUAUUGAUUCCUGUUUGAUGUUGAAAGAAGAUGUACUUACGGAGCAGGUGAUUCGAGCUGUAGGUUUGUUUAAUUAACAAUUAAUUGUCAGAGGCAGGUAUUUUACGACCAUCUCUGCUGUAGACAGAGUAGAUUGUGAGAGAGAGCUGGCGAAGGGGUUCAUACAUCAUCUACCGAUUUCCUGAUUGAUAUUGCAGACUGUUUAUGCAAGAUUAAGUGAGUUUCCAAUACUGAUUUAUUCCCUGUAUAUACCAGGGAAUGGUAUUGGCAAAAACUUGUCUGCUUUCUACACGGGCUUACGAUGGUGAGGAGUCACUCAGUUAUAAUAUCGUGGCUACGAGACUCUGACUGGUGUGUAUAGUCAGCAGGGGUCAAUAGAAGAGGUCCUAUACUCCUAGCAUCCUCCGAUUCAUCCAAUCACAGACUGGGUCUGUCAACAUUUGUUUUACAUGGUAGUAAAUAGUAUUUGAUUCUGUACUGGAGUAUCAUUGAUUGAGUAAGGAUUAGAAUUCUCACUGAUCGAUCACAAAAUGGUAUGAUGCGCCUUGUUUACACCAUUCAGGAUCGUUGGUGAAAAUGAUUUAUCCUUAAUUUCUAAGGGAAAUCUAAUAACCCAAACCUCUUGAUGAAUCUGACAUCUUGCACCAAGGAAGAAUUGAGAGAAGUCCAAUCUCAGGAUCAAUAGACAAUCUGACAUUUUUAGACUGAGCGCUGCAGAGGGUACAUUACUUUGUAGUAUGAAACUGUCAAUAAUUGAUGCACUGCAAAGAGACAAAAUGCUGGAUGAAGCUGCUGCACUGACAGGAAAUCGGACUUUAUGUUCCAUGUCGAGAGUUGAAGCCUGAAGGAACCAGCCGGAUACAACAACCUCAGGAGUUUCAGUGUUCUGUGAUCAUAGAGGAUUCUCCAAGAUAAGCGAGCCCUGGUUGAAAUGGAUAGAACUGGAAGAUCCAGGCAAUGUAAAGGUGUUUUGUAGAUGAUGGUUCCUUAUUCUGAAACAGUAAGAAAUGUUACUCAGCAUCAAAUCUAUUUAAAGAAAAUAGAGAUAAGCAUUUUUCCCGUCAUAUUAAAGUGUUUUAAAAUCAUUUAGACCAAAAAGUGACUCUCAAUCAAUAAGGUUGCACUAAUAACUUUUUACAAUGAUGCCACAAACUGCCACCAACUGUGUUCUAAGUGGUUUCCUGUUGUUGGUUUUGAUGCCAUGGACUUCAAGCUUUAGCCUGGAAGGCUCACUAUCCUCCUAUGCAAAGUUCCAGGCAUGGCAACCGUGUCAAAAUGGGUCGCUUUCCUUUGAAUUUCAAACUUCCAUUCCCAGCGCCCUCCUUAUGUACACGGACGACAGGGUAUAUAGGGACUAUUUUGAAUUAACUCUCCUGGUGGGGGCACUGCAACUGAAGGUCAACUUAGGAGGCAGUCAUGUCAGGUUAAAUGUAGGUAACAAUCUGAAUGAUAGCCAGUGGCAUAAAGUGAGCAUCAGUAGGCAGGGGAGAACUGUUACCCUCAGUGUAGAUCAGCUAUCCGUGUCCCAGGAGUUAUACGGACAGAACCUGGAGUUUGGACGGGGCAGGAACAGCCCCGUAUUUAUUGGUGGUCUUCCUUCUGAGUACCGAGAUAGACAAUCUGAGCUGACCUUACAGCACGUCAUAUAUCAGCCAUUCUUUAACGGCGAUAUCCGAAAUGUCCUGUAUAGUAACUGUGGAGCAAUGCUGAUAAGACCCGAGAUGCUGGAUCAUUUUGGAAUUGUUGGCGAAACUAGUCUUUGUACAAAGGACUUGUGUAAAAAUGGAGGGGUUUGCAUUACCAUGGAUACAGAAACCAAAUGUGACUGCAGCAGAACUGACUAUGAGGGAGAGUUUUGUGAAACAGAAACCCAGAAAUCAGAAGCGACUUUCUUUGGGUCAGAGUACAUAUUCUACGACUUUAUGGCGCAACGGACCGACCACAUCAGCAGCCAGUCAGACAGGGUGGAGUUCUAUUUCCGGACCGAGCAGCACUCUGGCUUCCUGUUCUAUACAGGUGAAAAAAGUGACUACAUUAGCAUUGCUUUGAGGAGUGGAACAAUCAUGGCCAUUGUUAAUUUAGGUGGCGGUGAGACCAAGGUGGAUGUCAGUCCCAGUGAUUAUCGCUUUGAUGACAACCAGUGGCACCACUUGUUGUUAACCAGGUCUUCAAGGAAGCUGACAGUAGGAAAUGCCAAGUAUAUAGUGAAGAUGACAGUGGACGGGAUUCACUCGACAGAGCGAAGCAUGGUCGGGACGUUCACCAUGCUAGACAGCAAAGUUCUGUACGUGGGUGGGCACCCCCGCGCCAUGCGGAUGGGACAGGGCAUCAUCGUCACUAACUACUUCAAAGGAUGCAUGAAAAAGGUGAUUUACAUGGCUGACAGCUUAAAACUUGACCUGAGCAAGAUGGCAUCGAUGGGCAACAGUUUUGUUCAAGUGGAAGGCAAGAUAACCUUCAACCAAUGUCAAGAUAUUGUAGAAACUAACCCAAUUACUUUCACCACCCCUGAGUCCUUCAUCCCACUCCCUCGCUGGGAGGUAAGAAAGGAGGGGUCCUCUCUCUCAUUUACAUUCCAAACCAGUGAAGACAAAGGGGUCAUCAUGUAUAACCGCAGAAGAGGAAAUUCAGACUUUUUCGCCUUUGAAAUAUUUGACGGUUACCUGUGGUUCAUCAUUGACUUAGGUUCUGGAGCAUUCAAAGACAAAAUAGCCAAAAAAAUAAACGAUAAGAUGCCACAUCAUGUGACUUUGAAACACUUUGCCACUAGGAAAUUGGGGUCAUUUUCUCUGGAUAAUGAGGCCAAAGAUUACACUGUUCCUGGCAACAGCACAAACCUUAACCUGGAUGGAGAGCUGUAUGUUGGGGGAUUUGGAACAUCCAAUGAGGGUAUUCCGAAAGACCUUUGGGCAGGGACUUUGGGAUAUGGCUAUGUUGGGUGCGUGCAGGACCUCGUACUGAACGAAAACAAAGUGGACCUGUUAAUGGUGGCCAGGAAGAACAGCCGGGCAGGAAUAGGUGACCAAUGCAAGGUCGAGACUUGGGUCAAGUGUUCAACUCGGCCCUGUCUAAAUGGAGGGGCCUGUUCCGAGGGCUGGAACAGGUACAUGUGUGACUGUCGGGGGACCUCAUACAGAGGCACACAGUGUCAGUCAGUUGCAUCCACUCUAAAUUUUGAUGGUGGUCAGUACAUGAAAGUGGCAUUUCCUGAGGAGUCAGUGACUGAGGUGGAGGACAUUUCACUGCGGUUCCGGACAGAGCGGGAAUCCGGUCUUCUUCUGGUCACCUCCUCACAGAAGUCCUCGGACAUGCUGCUGCUAUACCUAGACAGGGGGAAGCUCAAACUGGAGAUCAGCAUCAGCAACCAAAAAGAGCAAAUGACAAUUGGCCGAGAGAGACUAAAUGACCUAGCUUGGCAUACUGUUUACAUGACAAGGCGAGGGGAUACACUCACCCUGAAAAUAGACGACAAUUACCCUAGUGCAGUAGCAUUCUCUUCCUCCUAUGUGAAGGUCAUGAACAUAAAACUCUUGUUGCUAGGUUCCCCCGGCCCAUUGCCUUCUGAUACAUAUCCCAGAGUGCACCAGUCAAUGAACCUGCUACAGAUGGAGGUAGGUAGAAGCAUCAUGCCAAAGGAUGACUUAUAUCUCCACCAAAUUCCUAGCUUUGUGGGAUCUAUGCAACAGUUUUACUUUAACAACAAGGAGAUUAUCCAGCUUGCCAAGACCAAUUCACUUCCAAAUCUGAAUAUCACUGCUCAGUUUAACUCGGAUGCUCCAGUUCUUAAGGACACUGUGACAUUCAAGUCAAAAGAUGCAUAUGUUACUCUUCCCAAACUGCUUGCCAGGUCUCAGUUUUCCAUUUCCUUCCAAUUUAAGACAAUUGAGUUGUAUGGUUUGUUACUGUAUAACGGUGGCCAGGGACCGGAUUUCAUCGCUAUAGAGCUACAGGAUGGGUAUCUCCACGUCCUGUUUAACAUGGGCGGGGGCCCACAGCGUGUGGUGGUCAACAUCCAGCAACGACUCAACGACAACCAGUGGCACCUGGUGUCCGUACAACGACCGGGGCUUGAGCAGAUCCAGAUCCGCGUGGACGAUGAACAUCCAACCAUCAGUGACCUCACGGGGUCAACCAAACUGCAUCUGGAUCUGACUGGUUACCUUUAUGUCGGGGGAGUCGGUAAGUCCAUGUACAAUGACAUGCCGUAUUCAUCACCUUAUGGAUUCCAGGGAUGCAUGGCGUCUGUCGACUUUAAUGGGCGGAGGCCUAACUUAUUCAGAGAAGCAGUGAAGAUUUACUAUGGUGUAGAGGAGGGUUGUCAAGGUGCCAGUAAUAGCUGCCGUGCAGAUUCCUGCAUGAAUGGAGGGUAUUGUAUAGAGCAGUGGAACAGUUUCCAGUGUGACUGUAAAAUGACCUCUUACACAGGACCAAGGUGUAUGCAAGAGAGCAUGUCAGCCACAUUUGGCCCCACCCCGGGGCUGAUUACAUACUACUACCCCCCUGACUCCCUCCCUAGCCGUACCAGUGACAGACUGGCCUUCGGGUUCCGGACGAGCUCCAGUGUGGAGAAACAAGUGACUCUUUUACGUGUGGAGAGUCAGACAGGAGCGGACUUCCUGGAAGUAGAAAUCAUUAAUGGCUCCCUGUUUGUGUCUUACAACAUGGGGUCACAGAUGUCCGUUCCUAUUGGAGACCACUUCACCAAGGUAACUGACGGGAACUAUCAUGUUGUCAGGGUAACCAGGGACGGGGCAGCAGCCACGCUACAGGUCGACAACAAUGAUGUCACCAGAAAGGACCCCACCAGAGAAGAGCAACAAUGGAGUGUUUUCAACAACCAAUCCAAAAUCAUUGUGGGUGGAAAUGGAAAGAAACCAUUCUUCAGGGGAUCUAUUUCAGGUUUGGUGUUCAACGGUAAGCGGGUGAUCGAUCUGGCCUGUGUUCAGGACCCGUUCAUUGUGAAGGAGGGCAAUGUUUUGGUCUGCCCCACUACUACCAGGUACGACAGAAAACAUGAAAUGCAGUCAACAGAAGGAAUAAGGAUAGACAGAAAAAUUGAUAUUAGGAAAAUAGGCAUCAAGCGAACCCAGAGAAGAAAUUCUAGGGAGGUACUUUCACCUUAUAGCAGCAGCAAGCAUUCUAGCAAUUCAAAUAAUGCACAAGUGUCUGGCAAAGACAAAGUCGUUAAGUUUUCUUUGAUGAAUUCUGAGGAGUUAAAACUUGAAGAUGACUUAAGACUAGAACCACAAAAUAUUCUGUUGGAUUACAUGAGCGAUGACGCAGAUUUUGACAACCGUGCAGACUACCAGGGGUCGGGGAGCGGGAACCAAGAUAUGACCAGCCAAGAGCAGGAUUGGAGGACCAUAGAUGUGGAUUAUAAGGCGAGCAAUAGUCGAUACGAGGACACUGUCCAUCAUGUGAUUCCAAGGAAGCUAGAGACCGACCCUGCUGAGUCGAACCAGAUGAAGCCCUGGGCUGACAUUGGGCUUGGGCGGGGCCAGGAGGGGGGUGUGGUGCUGGGCGAAGAGGAAGUGGUUCAGUUCACCUAUCAUCCAAUCACUGAGACACAGACCACCCCACACGACGGGGUAACAGAUGACAUCAUAGUCCCGGCGGGAUCAGGAGAGGGAGGAAUCAGGUGUCCGGAGGAUGAUGAGGACGAUUGUGCCCAGGAGGAAUUCUCGGACAACAUCAUCUCCACCACGGUUAAGUUCACUUACAAACCAACCACCAAACCUCCACCUAAAAGCACUGACACGGGACCUUGCUAUUCUAAAGAUUUACUGAACUGUGACAAUCAAGUGGAGAGCACCAACUUAAUGAAGCCAGACCGGAACUCUUCAAAGUCGGGACAGCUUAACAUAGAAGGCUCUAAGCCUUCCACUGAAUAUAAUCCUCAACGCCCUGCGAACUCCAGCAGGGAACAGGAAGUGACACAAACUCCAAACCUCGCCCUUAUUAUAGGCAUAGUGGGCGGGGUUUUAGUAGCACUCAUCAUUCUAAUAAUAGCACUGUAUAAAUUUCGGAGUCGUGACGAGGGCACGUAUAAAGUGGACGAAAGUCAGAACUUUGCUUUUCUUGAAAAGAAACAACAGCAGGGUAAUGGAGCAUUGCUAGGUAACCACAGUGGCGGGGGUGGGAAGUCGGGAAAGAAGAAGGAUGUCAAGGAGUGGUAUGUGUAAAGUCAGGACAUGAAAGAGUGGUAUAGGUAAAUUAAGGACUCACCAAAGCCUGAUCACUAUGAGGUCUCAGAAACCUACUUAAGGAGAUACAAAUAAAGCACUGAAAAAUAAACAAAUGAUUGAAAACUCAGAGUUCCCAAAUUCCCAUUCAAAAUAUAAAAAACAGAAUUUGAAAAAACAUUAAGGCAAUUAAGAAAGAUAUUGAUUCAGGAAAUACCUUCAUGAAAUAUUCUUUGUACAUGUAUCUGAAGUUGCAGUCCAGUCAAUUGAACCUACAUGUAAAACUAUACUAUUGUUUAAAUGAGAGGAACAGGCCAGGCUUUGGUGAUUGCAGGGAAUCCUUGAGAUUUUAGUGAAACCACCACGAGCUUAGUGACUCUGCUCAGAUGUGGGGAACUCUUCGGUGCUUUCUGUGAAGUGUGUCUAGCACGGCUCUGAGCUAUGUUGUGAUGGAGGAAACCUUUUUUUAUGACUCGUAGUGAUAUAGAUUGUCCAGUAUUCGUUGCCAAAUAGUUUGGACCAUGUACAACAUGCAUUCCCUAGCUUUAGAUAGAGACAGAUCAAAAUUCAUUCCAUUUCUGUCCUAUGUGUGUCUUUAUGAAAACAUUUAUACAUCUGUGGUCAUUAUUUAGCAUGAAUUCGCAAGGACUUCCAAAGGAUAAGCUAUAUUAGUACUUAUGUGUGUAUUUUGUUUGUUACAUAUGUGUAUAUAGUACCGGUAAAUGUAAUUCAUGUUUUGGAGACACAUUGAGUCUUUUAUUAAAGCUUGACCCACCAACUUCAUACUAUCAAAACUCGAGUUGAACAAAUUUUGAUGGCUCAGAUUGGUUUAGAUUUCUGUGUCCAUUCCUUCCUGUCUUUAGCUUUCACUCUAUCUACAUACAUACAUGUAUGUACAAUAUCAUGUUUCCUGUGUAUUUAUACUCUUUGUACAUCCAUGAGUCUUCUCUUUCAACAUGGCAUGAUUUUAUAUGAACACUGUGUAUCAAAAGAAAUGAUUUAUUUGUCUGUAUUUCUUGAGGAAUAGUGUCACUUCCUAUUCGUAAGAGUUGAUUUUUGUCUUCUGUUGAUUCAGAAUACAUACAUUAUUUCGUGCAUGUAGCAGCUAAUAUAUUUUGACUGACUGGUUUAUAUCGAUUUAUUUUGUGUAUUGUUGCAGCAUUCUACAGCAAAGACUGAAUGCCUCAUGACAUUUUGUGCAAUAUUCUUGAUAAGUGCUUCAUGUUGAUAUCAUUUGACAAUGUGUUGGCUAUUUUUGUCUCAUGUGUUUGUUAAAGAAAUGGAAGAGAUUUUGUGCCAUAUGUUUUUUGUGAGAGAAUGGGAAUAAAUAUGUAAAUAUGUCUGUAAAUAAAUCCAUUUUCUUAGUAA